AUGAAGAACGAGGAAAGGCAAAUAGAAGUUAAUAGACAGAAAAGAAAUACGCUAGAUCACGAAGACUCAUUUGAAUUAGAAGAAAACCCACAUAAAAAAGGAAACCGAGAAAUAACAAACGAAAAUAAUAUCGAUAAUAGAGAAAUGGACGAAAUUAAAGAAAUGUUACGAGAAAUGAAAAAGGAUAUAAGAGAUUUAAGACACGAAUUAUUAACAAACAAUGAAGAAAUGAGAAUUAUGAAGGAGAAAAUAGUAAAUGAAACAGGAGUGGAGAGAAGAAAAACAAGGACUGAAAAAGGAACUAGACUAGUGAGGUUAGAAAAGGAUAAAAUUAAAAAUAAUAUUGUUAUCUCAGGAUUAAAUAUAGAAGGAAAGGAUAACAACCUGAUUAAACAAAAUGUAGAAGAAAUGUUAAUAAAGGAGAGUAGAGUAAAGAAGGAACUGAAAAGUAAAAAUGGAGCAGGUAGAGAGGGAAAUGAGAAGAUAUGGAAUACAAAUAUUGGCCCUACAAGAGGUUAG